AUGCAGUUCAAGAAUCUCGCCGUUUCCGCCUUCGUGGCCACUGCCUUCGCGGCUCCUCAGGCUGGCGGUGUCUCUUCCAGCGCAGACAUCGUUUUGAUCUACCAGGUCCUCCAGACUGCCCUCCCGUCCUCCCUCAUCGCCGAGGCCAUGACCAACCCAGCCGCUGCUUCCAGCGAGAUCGCCGCCGAGUUCAGCACCGCCACACCAACAUGGUUCACGGCUCUCCCAACAGACAUCCAGACAUACCUUGUACCUCUCGCAACUGGCGGUUCCCUCGCCAACGUCACCGGCGCAGCCAACAUGACUGCCAUCGCUUCAUCAGCCAUUGGCAACUCGACCGCUGUCUCUGCAGGCCAGUCUAGCAUCCUCGCCAGCUUGUCAGCCCAAAACAGCUCCGUGGUCGCUGGUGCCACCACUGGCACCUCGUCUGGUGCUGGUUCUACUGGCUCUGUUACUGGCGCCUCUGCCUCCCGCAGCGCAUCCGGCAGCGCUGGCGCAUCUUCCUCUUCUGCUGCUGGUGCCGUCCCAACCGCUAUUGUCGGCAUGGGUCUCGCUGGUGCCGUUGGCAUUGUCGGUCUCUUUGCUUUGUAA